AUGUCAGCAGCCCCCACUGAGGCCAUCCCUGCCCAGAGACCGUGGGGGAAUGGGCAGACAAGGAGAGCGUCCCUGGGGCUGGGGAAGCAGAACUCAGAGGCACCAGGGGCUCCAGACCGACUAAAAGAACCACAUCACGAAUCCCACCUUGCGGAUUGUGACACCAUCAUGUGCUACGACCGCUACGUGUCCAUCUGCAAACCCCUGCACUACGAGACCCUCCUGGGCAGCAGAGCUUGUGCCCACAUGGCAGCAGCUGCCUGGGCCAGUGCCUUUCUCUGUUCACUGCUGCACACGGCCAAUACAUUUUCCCUGCCCCUGUGCCAUGGCAAUGUCCUGGGCCAGUUCUUCUGUGAAAUCCCACACAUCCUCAAGCUCUCCUGCUCCAAAUCCUCUCUCGGGGAACUUGGGCUCAUUGCAGUCAGUGUCUGUUUGGUAUUUGGUUGUUUUGUGUUCAUUGUUUUCUCCUAUGUGCAGAUCUUCAGGGCUGUGCUGAGGAUCCCCUCUGAGCAAGGACAGCACAAAGCCUUUUCCACCUGCCUCCCUCACCUGACUGUGGUCUCCCUGUUCCUCAGCACUGUUAUGUUUGCUCACUUGAAGCCCCACUCCAUCUCCUCCCCAUCCCUGGAUCUGGCAGUGUCAGUUCUGUACUCGGUGGUGCCUCCAGCCCUGACCCCCCUCAUCUACAGCCUGAGGAACCAGGAGCUCAAGGCUGCAGUGUGGAGAAUGAUGACUGGAUCAUUUCAGAAACAUUAAACUGCUGGCCAAUUCCUGCAAAUCACUUGUAAUAAAACUU